AUGGAGGAGAUUCAGUUGUAUACCAACUUGGAUGAUGUCAUUUGUCCCAUAUGCCUGGACUUUCCGCAUAACGUUGUUCUCCUCCAAUGCACAUCACAUGGAAAAGGAUGUCAGCCUUUUGUAUGCGACACGGACCAUUUGCAUUCAAACUGUCUGGACCGUUUCAAACAAGCAAAUGGAAUGUUAUCUGGUUCACGAUCACCAACUUCUGCUGAGAAUUUGAAUUCUGGAUUCAACAGUAAACCGACCUGUCCCUUGUGUAGAGGAGAAGUUACUGGAUGGGUUGUUGUUGAAAAUGCUCGUAUACAUUUGGACGAGAAGAAACGUUGUUGUGAAGAGGAAAAAUGUUCAUUUAUAGGAACCUACUUGGAACUUAAAAAACAUGCCCAAAUAGAGCAUCCGCAUGCACGCCCUUCGAAAGUUGAUCCUGCACGCCAGCUUGAUUGGGAAAAUUUCCAGCAAUCUUCUGAGAUCAUAGACGUUUUAAGCACUAUACAUUCAGAAGUCCCACGGGGUGUUGUUUUGGGUGAUUAUGUGAUAGAAUAUGGGGAUAACUCUGACGAUGAAUUUGAUGACUUCCAUGGGGAUAAAGGAAACUGGUGGACAUCUUGCAUAUUGUAUCAGAACAUGCAGAAUAUAGAGCAGAUGAGACUGAUGAUGAGUUUGCCAGUGCAAGUGAACUCUCAAGGCGGACAGCUGGUCUUCACAGGCAUUGCAGUUCUCGAAGGCGCCAUUCCCGCUUCUAUGACAAUUAGAAUGGACUGUAGCCGUGGAGAAAGCUUUUAA